UCCCCAGAAACAUAUCAAACAUCAAACCAAAUUCAAUCCUUACUACAGCAGCAGAAACAAAUCAUCAGUGAUUGUAUUCAUGGCUUCUUCCUCUUCCUCUAAGUUCUUCAUCUCCCUUGUGGUGGCGGGCUUCCUCGUAUCCGCCUAUGCCGGGAACUUGAACGAUAACUUCGACAUUACGUGGGGAGAUGGCCGGGCUAAGAUACUCAACAACGGGGAGCUGUUGACUCUGUCCCUGGACAAGGCCUCUGGCUCUGGGUUCCAGUCCAAGAACGAGUACCUGUUCGGGAAGAUCGAUAUGCAGCUCAAGCUCGUCCCGGGAAACUCUGCUGGCACCGUCACCGCGUACUAUCUAUCCUCGAAAGGUUCAACAUGGGACGAAAUAGAUUUCGAGUUCUUAGGGAAUCUGAGUGGUGAUCCGUACAUCCUUCACACAAAUGUGUUCAGCCAGGGAAAAGGAAACAAGGAGCAGCAGUUUUAUCUCUGGUUCGACCCGACCUCCGACUUCCACACCUACUCCAUCCUAUGGAACCCGCAGCGCAUCAUAUUCUCGGUCGAUGGUACUCCAAUCAGAGAAUUCAAGAACGCCGAGUCGAUGGGUGUCCCAUUCCCAAAGAGCCAGCCGAUGAGAAUAUACUCGAGCCUGUGGAACGCUGAUGACUGGGCCACGAGGGGUGGCCUCAUCAAGACAGACUGGUCCAAUGCACCGUUCACGGCUUCAUACCGGAACUUCAAUGCCGACAAGUCUUGUGUCUGGUCCUCUUCAGCUUCAGCCUCUUCUUGCGCUUCCAGCUCAGGAACAAGUAGCAGCACUGAAAAUCCAUGGCUGUCCGAAGAGCUUGACACCAGUAAUCAGGAGAGGCUAAAGUGGGUGCAGAAGAAUUACAUGAUCUACAAUUACUGCAGCGAUUUGAAGCGGUUCCCUCAAGGCCUUCCCCCGGAGUGCAAUAUGGCUUAACGUAAGGAAAGACCCGAACAGUAGAACAGAGACAUACAUAGGCUCAAUAGCUAUUCAGUUCAAUUCUUUUAUUCAUUCAUAUCCGAUGUAAUUUUCGCAAUCUAUAGUACUCAUUUUGUGCUCA